CAGCUUCAGGCUGCCGAGAGUACGGGAACAGGAAUCUAGAACUUGUACAUGUUUGUCACAGCUUUAUUAUGAACUCUUGAUUCUUCCUGUGGCCAACCGUUGAGGAGUUAUUCGAUUUGAGGUUUGUUGUACCUGGAUCCAGCAGGAGAUGGAGCUGUUGAGCCACAAGACUGAGCCAGUCGGUAACGAAAGCUUGGAGAAAUGGGAGCCAGUUGGCUCCGGAGGAUUCGGUCGUGUCUACAAGGCCAGGCACAAGGACUUGGGCAUUGAUGUGGCCAUCAAGAUACUUCAUGAUGGUGUUUGCCCCACCAUGUCACUGUGGGACGAGGCCAGUCAUAUGGAUAAGGCUCCCUGUGAGUAUGUGGUGAGACUUUAUGGAACCUAUCAGGGAUGUCCGCCUGUUGGAGGAACAUCGACACAACAGGGACUAGUGAUGGACUUCAUGGGAAGAGGAUCUGUUCAGUCCCUGCAGAAGGAACUCUCUGGUCCUCCACCCUGGCCCCUGGUGUGCCGCUGGGCCCAUCAAGUGGCUGUAGGCAUGAGCUUUCUCCAUUCACGGAAUCUUGUGCACCACGACCUAAAGCCAAGUAAUGUACUGCUGAAUGCCGAGCUUAACGCCAAGCUUGCAGACUUCGGUCUGUCAAGAGUCUCCACCAGUGCUUUAAACAGCAACAGAGAAACAAUGGGCAUUAUCGGAGGUUCCUACAGGUACAUGCCUCCCGAAGCUUUUAAUGCAUCAUAUGAACCUGUUCGUUCUUUUGACGUAUACAGCUAUGGUAUCCUGCUCUGGUCCAUUAUCACUGGUAAAGAGCCUUAUCCAUGUGCUAGUUACGACCUUGUGGAACUGAAGAUUCCUUUUGGGGACAGACCUAGCUGUGAGGAAAUUGACCAGAGGAGGGAACAAGGGUUGAAAGAACUGGUAGACCUCAUGAAGAGGUGCUGGGAUCACAGUCCCACCAAGAGGCCCACCUUUAAAAAUUGCCGUGAAGACACUGAGAAUGUGUUUUCAAAGCACGAGAAGGGAAUUCUUAAUGUGGUCGCUCAAGUCGUGACACAACUGGAGUCCCCAGCCAGUAUUCAAGCAAACAGAAGCGCGGCUUUCAAUGUUCCUCUUCAGACACCAGAACAGUCAAAGUCAAAUGAUACUGUGGAGAAUGCUCUAAGGUCUUCAGCACAGCAGGAUUCUGUGAGAAUUUCUAAUAGAAGAAUGAGUAGAGCAGAUAAAGCAAAGUUUGUUGAUGACUACAGGGCUAAGUUAAUUCAAAACGUUACCGAGGUUAUGGCAAUAACAGAUGCACUUGGAAACAUGGUCCACCGUGAAGCCUACUCAGUUAUUGAUGCUAAAGCAACAAGCCAGGACAAAAUGAGAGUGAUGUAUCAGAGGACAUUACAUUCAGGAGGAGAAGAAGCCAAAGCAGCUUUUUACGACACCCUCAAAGAUCAUCAGCCCGACCUAGUCAAAAGGCUCGGUGGCUUAAUCUAAAGAAACAGUGGCCUUGCUUCAUUUUCUGCAGCUGUCAAAGAUUUUCCUUGCCUCUCCUCCUACACUUUCAUCGUUUGUGAAAAAUUCAUAUUUUAUUCAUUCUUAAUGUUGUUGUUGUUGUAGUGAAUAUGAAGCCGACUUGUAAUUGUCUUUUUUUUAUACAGUGUUUAAUUUCUUAACAGAGAUUUUAUUCUCUGUUUCCUGCCAAGAGCCUGCAGCUGUAAAUGAGCUUAUAACUUACUCUGGUACUGUUAAAAAGCUGUGAACUGUCCCAGUCAAAUUAAAAAAUACUUACUUACUUAUUCAUUUUUCUUAAGGAACAUAUUUUUUCACGAUUUGUCCUCACCCACUCUUUUUCUUUUCGUUCAAAAAGUAACAUGGUGUGCUGUGAUGGGGAUGUGGCUUAAUUAUCAGCAACAAACAUGUUAACCAUUAAUAAUAUGAAGAGGGGAUGUUGCUUGUUUUCUCAGGUAGGUGGGAGGGAGAGAUGAGGAGAGAGAGAGAGAGAGAGAGAGAGAGAGAGAGACUUGGUAAGAGGCUUUUCUGGUUCAAUCCCUCAGUAACUGUCACAAGCAGUCAGUCAGUCACCUGCAGAUGAUGGUGUCGAGGGCAUCCCAGUCAACAAAGUGGCUCUCCUGUCUCAGUUUAAUGUACAGGUUUUUUUGUUCACUAUAAUCACACUGAAUGCUGGGCCAAACAUUGAACUGAAAAAGGCAAAAUAAAAAACUAAA